UACUCGAGUAGGUCGAACGAGAGACAUUCCCAAGAGACUCGCGAACAAGCUCAGAUGUCUCAGUCCAGAAUUCCUGCAACCCGCCACCGCCUGUUUGCUGUGAUCAGCCCGUCUUCACCCGCCCAGAAGCGAUGCUUAGCCUGCAAGCACUCCGCUUCUCUUCCAACCACAGACGCCCCGACCAAGCCUGGGGAGCGAGCACCGCCGCUCUCCCGUAAGAGAGCUACAGCCGACCACCGCACGCUCACAGCCCUGAUCGACUCUUUCCUUCACGCCAAGAACCUCAAGUCCGCGUUUUCGGCCGUCGGUUUGAUGUUCAAGAGUGGCCAUGCGUCGGACGCCUUCCUCUUGAACCUGCUCAUGAAAGGCCUCUGCAAAGGCCACUCUGUUUCCGAAGCCGUAAAGCUGUUCCGGGAGAUCGAGCAUAAGAAGUGGAUCCCUGCCGACAGCGUCACGUAUAACACCCUCAUCAAUGGGCUCUGCAAGGAGAAGAGGAUGGAAGAAGCUAUGGAGCUCUGGAGAGAGAUGGCGAGAGCUGGCCCUUGCUGCUCCCCGAACGCUAUCACCUACUCGACGAUCAUGGAUGGUCUGUGUAAGGUCGGCAGGGUCGAGGAAGCCAUGUCCUUGUUGGAUGACAUGAAAAGGAGCGGUCUUGACGCCGAUGUGUUCGUCUACACUUCUCUCGUAAGCGGUUGGUGUAAUGCCGGCUCGGUCGACAGGGGCAUGGAUCUCUUCCAUGAGAUGUUACAGAAGGGAGCGCACCCCAAUUUGGUCACUUACAGCUGCUUGAUCCAUGGCUUGUCGAAGCUCGGGCGUUGGCAGGAGGCUGACGAUAUGCUGCGUAGCAUGGCCGAUCGAGGGAUCCAUCCCGACGUAUUCACGUAUACUAGCUUGAUCGAUGGGCUCUGCAAAGACGGGAAGAGCGCGGAGGCAAUGAGGUUGUUAGAUCUCAUGGUGGAAAAGGGUGAGGAGCCGAGCACCGUCACGUACAAUGUCCUGAUUAAUCAUAUGUGCAAGGAUGGCCUGAUUGAAGAUGCUUUCGGGUUCCUUGAGAAGAUCUCGGAGAAGGGAAACGUGCCGGAUGUGGUGACCUACAACACACUAAUCCUGGGGCUCUGUAAUGUGGGCAAGAUUGAUGAAGCGGUCAAGGUGUUCGGUAAAAUGCUUGAGAGUAGUUCUAAUGUCAAACCAGAUUUGAUGACUUUUAACACGCUUAUACAUGGACUUUGUAAGAUUGGUCGUGCUCAACAGGCCUUGAAUUUACGGAAGAUGAUGGUAAGGAGAGGGCACCCUUGCAACCUGGUCACUUACAAUAUACUCAUCGGUGGGCUUCUCAAGGCCAAGAAUGUUCGCAAGGCAAUGAUGCUCAAAAGUGCGAUGGCUGAUGUGGGGCUGAAGCCUGACUCCUUCACAUACAGUAUCAUGUUGAAUGGGCACUGUAAAAUGAGAGAUGUUGAGGCUGCUGAAAGGCUCCUUGGUGAAAUGAAAAACAACGGAAUAAGUCCUACUUCAUAUGACUAUAAUUCAUUGAUGAGACUACAUAGUAAAACAGAUAGAAUGGAGCAGGCAUUGAGUUUGUUUGAUGAGAUGGAUGAUAACCACAAACCUGAUCUCGUAUCCUUUACUAUUUUAAUUGAUGGGGCAUGCAAAACAGGAGACUUGGAGUUUGCAAAAGACUUGUUUGCAGAUAUGCUUCAUAGAGGAAUUACUCCUGAUUUGGUUACUUAUUCUGUGUUGAUAAAUAGACUCGCUGAAUCAGGAAAACUGGAUGAAGCUAUGGAAGUGCUUGACGGCAUGAAAGCUAAGGGAUUAUCUCCAGAUGUAGUGGUGUAUGAUUCUCUCAUUCGUCAAUUUGGGGCAAAAGGUGAAACUAACAAAAUCAUUGACUUGCUUCAUGAAAUGGCAGCUAAUGAUGUGGCUCUUGAUGCAAAAUUUGUCUCAACUAUACUGGAUAAUUUACCUUUUGAUGGAGAAGACAAGGUCCUAUUAGAAAAUUUGCCAAACUUCUCGAAAGAAAUAUCAGAAGGAACAAGCCUUUCAUGUCAUGAAUUAAUUAAAAAAAUUCAGAGAACUUGUCCUGAGCUCCAAAUACAAGCUUCUUGAUACAGAGGGAAAUUGAGCUUUUGACAAUACUUAUCAUGAGCUGUUUCUAUCGAGAAGUUCAUAUAUGGUUUUUCCCACCAAUGCAGCCUUUAACACUCUAUCAUUGGAGUUUACUGUACAUGAUGAACCUUUCAGAUGUCCUAGCCUCAACCAAGAAAGUUUCAUGCAUCAAGAAACCUCGAUGAGCAACUGGAGGACAGCGAUGUUGCUGACGUCUUACUGGUACUCCUCGAUCAGUUACAUCCCUUGUUCAUCAGCAGGAAGAAGGAUUUCUGGUUUUAGACUUCGUGCUUGCGGCAUUAUGAAACGCCAGGAUUCAAGCGCAAGAAGCCGCUGUGGUGGGCUAACUAGACCAAGACUGAAGUGCAUCAUCCAGCGGUCAUGCUUCCAAGUCUUUGCAUAAACCUUAUUCUAAUUACCACAAGUUUGUAUCA